CUGAGCAUCAUGCCAUCCGCUCUUCCAUCUCAAUCUCAAUCUCAAUCUCAAUCUCAAUAUCGCUCCAGCCAUUUUGCCACCUCAUCAUCAUCAUCGUCGUCACCAGCUGCAGCGUCCGCACUUCGCCCUCACACACUCUCCCCAUCAUCAUCAUCAUCGUCGUCAUCAUCGUCAUCAGCACCCAAGCUCGCAUCGCCCAGCACGAGCUCAAGCACUGGCUCAAGCACUGGCGCUGCUGCUGCUGCUGCUGCUGCUGCUCCCAUUGCGCCAGUCGCUGCUGGGCUGCCGUCGCCGUCGCCGUCGCUGCAGCAAGUCCAGUCCAUCACCAACCUCGCCCAAGUCCAUGCGCUGAUUGCCACCCUCGAGGCAGAGGGCGUCGUCAUUGAGCAGGAUCUCGACGCACUGCUCGGCCAGCGCGACCGCAUUGAAGCAAAGCUCGAAACGCUGCAAUUCCUAGCACCAAAGCUCCAGGUGCUCGAGAACGACGCCAAACAGCUACACGGAACAAUCUCAUUCACAUGCAGGCUGGCUGAAAAUGUCAGCGGCAAGGUGCGCGAGCUCGACGGCGCGCAGUCGAACGUAAGACUGUGCAUCAAGCGCGUCGAGGACAUUCUCGAUCUCAAGAACUGCGUCGAGGGCGUGCAGUCAGCACUCGCCAGAGGCGACUUUGAAUCGGCCGCCAAGCACAUUCACUCGUACCAAAGCAUUGAUCCGGCGUUGCUCUCCGCGGCAGAGUCCACCACCUCUGCCACCAGCGCCGUUGCUGCCGCUCUUGGUGACGAUGGUGCGCUCGACUCCCACCGCGAGCACCGAUCGCCCGUCCAAGCACUGCAAGAGGCCGAGCGGGUUGUCCGCGUCACCAUUGCCGAAAAGUUUGCCGCUGCUGCUUCCGCCGUCGCGUCGGGCCGUGGCAGCACGGACGAAAUCACUCGCUUCUUUGUCUUGUUCCCCCUCAUCAACCUGCACGAAGACGGCCUCGAAAAGCUCUCUGCGUUUGUCUGCGGUCAAGUGGUGCAGUUGCUGGAUGGAAAGUUCCGCGAAUUGUCACGCAACGAGAAUGGAAAAUUGUCCCAAGUUGUGUUUGUCGACUUGUUUGUCCAGCUGUUCACUGCUGUCGCCAAGACGGUUGACCAGUAUCAACCAAUUAUCGAAGAGCAUUAUGGCUUUGGGUAUCUGAGCGUGCUUCUCCGCCGGCUACAGUUUGAGUGCGAUCGGCAGGCUCAGAAAAUCUUGAACGUGUUCAUGACGGAGCGAGAUUUUCGCAAAAAGGUUCGGGAGGUGCAAGCGCAGAUGACCCGAGUGCAAAAAGCGUCGGCCACCACCAACGACGCCAUCGAUCCUCGAGACGUGGACAUUCAGCUCGUUGAGAUUGCCCUCUUUAGCAGCCAUACACAGUCUUACAACAAGUACAUGCGCAAGCACGCAGAGGAUGACACUCGUGCAUUUACAGACGCGUCGGCUGCAGAGUCGGCAACCUUAUCGUCGCAGAAUGGUCCCCUGCUACCCAGCAUUGCUUCAGCGCGCCUCAACUUUGAGCGGUUUAUGGACGCGUGCGAGCUCAACAAACUCAUGCACGAGCUGGUCGGCAAUUACAUUGUGAUGGAGGAGUUCUACAUGAAACACAGCGUGCUCAAAGCCAUCACCAUGGACAAGCAUGAACCUGGCACGCUGACUUCGUCUGGUGUCGACGAUGUCUUUUACGUGUUGAAAAAGUGCACCCGGCGCGCCCUGUCCAGCGGCAAUGUUAAUAUCGUGUGCGCCAUGAUCAACCACGCCAACACCAUCAUUGACUCGGACCUGAAGGCGGACUUGCAAGCCAAGCUGCGCGCCAACGUCCCGUCCGUCUCGUCCGACCUGAAGGAAAUGUUCCAAUCACGCCUUACGUUCGACGUUGGCAGCACUGCCGCAGCGCUGAGGGCGACGUACAUGGUCUUGCUGAACAAUACCGAAGUUAGCAGCGAGUACACUGUCAAACUGAUGAAAGGUCUGGAACAAGAGAGCCUUUCAUUAUUCACGCUUGAGUCGGAGCAGAAAAAGCUCGAAAGCUUGCUGAGCGAUAUGGCCAGCACUGGCAAUUCCCUGCGGCAUUUGUUACAGUCUGCCAUGGAGCAAUUCUUCUUUGCGUCUUUGCUGCCGCGUAUCAAGACUGCUUUGGAUGCACUGAGCUCUGUUUCCUACGUGAUUGACGACCAGGCGUUUGCCGACAACGACGUGUCCGACCCGUUCGUGGUUCCGUUUGUGAACGAACUCCAAGCUCUGAUUAUGCCGCUGCGGUCCAUGAUGACAGACUCGAACUAUGAUAGUCUCGUUGGCAUUGUUGCGCAGUAUGUUACCGCGCAGAUGGAGGCCCGGAUUUUCGAUAUGUCCUUCAAUGCGCUCGGAGGUAUUCAACUCGACAAGGACUUGCGAGCGCUCACGGGAUACUUUUCGGGCAUGACCCAAAAGACAGUGCGCGAUCGCUUUACACGGCUCCACCAAAUAUGCUCGCUGUUGCUUCUGGAGCGGGUGCAGGAUGCAGUCGAUCACUGGAACUCGCAGCUGUCAUGGCGCCUGACUCCCUCCGAGGUUUUGAAGGUGCUGGGCCUGCGCGUGGACUUCAAGAAGGAGGAAGUUCAACGCGUCCGAUUGUAGACGGAGCGAUGUUGCGUUGCAGGAUGUUGGCAUCAGCGUUUCACGAAGAACACGAAGAAAACAAAAAACAAAAAAAAAAGAAAAAUCGAAUUGCAUUAACAAACAGAGCAAACAAUAGGAUGAAACGAAC